AUGGAGCAGAGGAAAGGAGAUGUCAGGGUCUACAUCGUCUCCGGUUUCUUCUUCUCCUGCAUAGUCUCCGGCGGUGUCUUCCUCGGCCUUUACAUGUUUCUCCCCGAAACUCAAUCCUCAGCUUGGUAUCCCAUUGCAGGAAUGAUACUUGUCUCCGUUCCCUGGGCCUUUUGGUUCUUCACCUUCUUGUACCGUUGCUUCAAACCCGACCAUCCUCCCCCGCAAUUCGACGGCAGCACGCGAGAUCCAUUGACAGCAAAUGGCAGCCCCAUGACCAACCCCAUGGCCUCCGAGUCUCCAAAUGGGGAAUCCCCUGGUGGCGGCGGUGAGCGACGGGUUCAAUUUGGGCCGGCUGUCGUUUUGGGAGGCCAGGGUGAAGGCCAUGCAGGCGCGGCAACAACAAGGGAUCAUCACGAACAAGAAGCAAAUGAGGCUUCAAAUUGCUCUAGAGAAAGCAAAAUGCCUUUAAGAUUAUCGAUUUAG